UUCCCCGCCCCUCGCCCCUCGUGCACUCCGCUUCAGUGCCAAGCCUCCUCAGCAUACCUUCUGAUUUUUCGGCUGUAGAGCCACGAGUCAUCUCCAAUCCGAUCGCUACGACUUGAACCCAGUAUACUAAUGGACGAACGAAAAACCACCCAGAGAGGAUGAAGAUCCUGUGGGUGUUGGCGGUGGUACCACUGGUGUGCCUGGGCGCCUCGGUGGAGCACCAACCCGUCCCGGCCUCCCCCCGAGAGGAGACCAAUGCCCAGCCGGCCGACGAUGCCGAAGCGGCAGCGAGGCAGUCGGCCCAGCCAGGUCAACUGCUCAACAACGCCGCCCAGGCCGUGGGGGGCGCGGUGACCAACCUCAUCACUCUCCCUCAGACCAUAUUCGAGAACGUGUUCCAGAGGAAUCCGCAAAAAAGGCUGAUCGGGGAGCGGUGCCAGACGACGGCGGAUUGCGUCCUGGGGACGACGAACUCCGUCUGCUACAACGACACCUGCCUCUGCAACCUGGGGUUCCGAUACAACAAGGAAUCCAGGACCUGCCAACCAGAGAACCUGAAGUACGGCAGCACGGGUCUCAAGCCAGUCAUGCUGGCGAGCCCCGAAUGGCCGGAGAAUUACCCGGCCGGCAUCGACGCCUACUACUGCCUCAAGGCCUCGGGGGGGAAGCGAGUGAACCUCAAUUUCAUCUGGAUGGACUUGGAGACCAACCGGGGGUUCCACAAUGGGGACUACAUCGCUGUCUACAACGGCUGCGUGGCGAAAAAAGAGAACCUGCUUGGCUUCUACCUGGGCGACACCGUAAGACCACACGAGUGCGUGACGUCAUCCUGCAACGAGAUGCUGGUCCACUUCCACUCGGACCCGGAGGACGCGGAUAACCCGUUUGACCAGCGGUCGGGAUUCAUGGGGCAUUUCGUGGAGGUGCCGUACGAAUCGGCGCCGUGUGCCCCCACCGACCACAACUGA